AUGGUUCAUCUUCUGAAUCUUUGGGGUCAAGCUUGCCUACUCGUCUUGGUCACUGUUUGUGGCGUCCGUGCGAUUGGUCAAGACACUUGCGUUUCUUUCCAAACCCAGUCGUCGAGUUCCUCGUUCUCCGUCAUCAAUAAGGGCCAGGCAGCUCCUAUCUUGGUCUCAGCAGACGAGUGGCCGGGCGUACAGCGCGCUGCAUCUGACUUCGUUUCCGACAUCCAGAAAGUCUCCGGCGUUGCACCUCGUUUGUCCAAUGCGACAGCAUCUACAGCAUCUGCCAACUUAAAGACGAACACACCUCCGAUUUUCGUUGGUACGCUCGGGAAGUCGUCGCUAAUAGAACAGAUCGUGAACCGGACUCACCUGGAUGUCUCCUCGAUUGACGGAAAAUGGGAGGCGUUCUUGGCUAAAGUGAUCGAAAAUCCCCUUCCGGGCAUUGAGAAAGCGUAUGUUAUCAUCGGCGCAGACAAAAGAGGGACAAUUUUCGCCCUGUACGACCAUUCGGAACAAUUUGGCGUCUCUCCGUGGUACUGGUGGGCAGACGUCCCGGUGACGCAACAUGCAGAUAUCUUUAUAUCUCCCUCCGGUUGCUCGCACGGCUCCCCCACUGUCAAGUAUCGUGGUAUCUUUCUGAACGACGAGCAGCCUGCGCUUCAAAAUUGGGCCAUGGAAAAAUUCACCAAUGGCACGGGCGCAGCUUUGACUGGCUCUCCGUUCAACCAUCUCUUCUAUACGAAGUUGUUCGAAUUACUCCUGCGUUUGAAGGCGAAUUAUCUUUGGCCAGUUGACAUCUCCAACAGCGCGUUUGGAGUGGACGAUCUUCAAAAUCAGUUCUUGGCAGACCUGUAUGGCGUGGUUAUGGGUACGAGUCACGAGGAACCGUUGAUGCGAAGCAUCCCUGUCGAAUGGUCUCUUUUUGGCUCAGGUCCUUGGGAUUAUUCCACAAACGCGCAAAAUAUCUACAAUUUCUGGGUCGUGGGCGUCGAGAGGUCUAAAACAUUUGAGUCGCUUUACACCAUGGGAAUGCGUGGCGACGGCGAUCUGCCCGUGUCUACUGGGACUAGCAUUGCUUUGCUCGAGCAAAUCGUCGCAGACCAGAGGCAAAUUCUUUCGGACCAGAUAACCGACACAAAUAUAACUUCGAUUCCACAGAUGUGGUGUCUCUACAAAGAGGUACAGGGUUAUUAUGAGGAAGGUAUGCGAGUUGACGACGACAUCACGCUCCUAUGGACCGACGACAACUGGGGCAAUAUCCGUCGCUUGCCUAUCGCAUCUGAGCGGAACAGAACUGGAGGUGCUGGCGUGUAUUAUCAUUUCGACUAUGUUGGAGAUGUUCGAGACUUCAAAUGGAUCACCAGCACGCAAUUAUCUAAGGUUUACGAGCAAAUGUCCUUGGCCGUUGAUCGUGAAGCCACCCAAAUAUGGGUCGUGAAUGUUGGCGACCUGAAACCCUACGAGAUGGACAUCGAAUUCCUUAUCACAUACGGCUGGAACGCGACGCGCUGGUCAGCGAAUAACCUGAACAGCUUCGUCUCGAGCUGGGCGCAGCGGGAGUUCGAGUUGUCGGCGAAGGACUCUAACACAGUCACCAGCAUUGUCGCGAACAUGACCAUGUUCCUGUCGAGGCGCAAACCGGAGCUGCUCAACAGUACGACUUACAGCUUAAUCAAUUAUCGAGAGGCCGACAAUGUCCUCGCAGCCUGGGAUGCGCUGAACCGCUCAGCAUCACAAAUUUACAAUAGUCUUCCGUCUGCGAAGCAACCUGCGUUUUUCCAGCUUGUGUACCAUCCCGUGCAGGCUGGCUAUACGCUGACGAAUUUGUGGAUAUCGGCCGGAAUCAACAACAUGCGGGCGUUUCAGGCGCGGCUGAGUGCGAAUGACUAUGCGGACCAAGUUGAGCAGCUGUUCGAACAGGACUAUGACCUUGAACAGGAAUAUCAUUCCAUCUUGAACGGAAAAUGGGACCAUAUGAUGGACCAGACUCACGUCAUGUAUUAUUAUUGGCAAGAACCAACUCAAAACACAAUGCCUCCUGUUUCGAAAAUACAGUCACGGAAACCCAAUAUUGCGGGCGUCAUGAGAAUAACGCCGGAGGGAACGCUGGGCACAUGGCCAGGAGAUAAUCAAUAUCAAUGCGCACAAGGCUACAGCUGUCCACCUCCGUCGAUGUCUCUGGAUUUCUUCGAUCCUAUCGGGGACCGCUAUGUAGACGUUAGCGCGGGUGGUCCAAUCCCCUUCACGUUCACGGCGACAAGCAACGCGUCGUGGCUGAAGGUUACUCCAUCGCAAGGCUCGCUCUCACCUCAGAAUUCUGAGCAACGAGUGACGAUCACAGUGGAUUGGAGCAGUGUAACAGGUGUUCAGGCUGCACAGAUCUUGUUCAGCUCUAUAGCUACCGGUCAACCGCCGGUCUCUCUCCCUCUAACCUUCACGGCCAAUCAUACGAUAGUUCCAAGCGGGUUCCAAGGCUUUGUUGAAGGCGAUGGAGCUAUCUCAAUCGAAGCUGCUCAUGCCACUCGCAAUACUACAUUGGGAGAGAUUGCAUGGAUGGAAAUUCCAAAUUAUGGACGCACGCUAUCUGGUGUCACACCUUGGCCUCGACUCGGCAACAAUGAAGCCAACUACACCGCCGGCAGUGGCCCAAGCCUGGAAUACGACUUCUAUAACUUCAACACGAUCGGCCAGGCAGGGAACGUUACCGUCACGGUGCUAGUGUCGCCGUCCUUGAACGCAAAUGGCGAUGAUAGGCCACUGGCCCUCGGUGUACAGGUUGACUCCCAAACACCACAAACAACGUAUUUCAUUCCUUUUGCCGCGCCUGGGGCGGAGCCAGCUGCCUGGGAUGGCCUCGAUGGGUGGGUCGCAAAUAGUAUUGUGCCUAUCGUAGGGACCUUCCUGGCCAAUCCGGGCUCGCAUACGCUGAAGGCAAGCUUUUUGUGGAUGAUCGAGCCAGCUGUAGUGGUGCAAAAAAUCAUAAUUGAUACGGGUGGGGUUCAACCUAGCUACCUGGGCCCACCUGAGAGCGUGAUUAUAAACUGA